UUUUUUGUUUACCAGUUGAACUAGGUCAUGUCUUGUUGGAACUUUGUCCCAGAGAAACUACGAAGUAACGUUCAAGCUCUUUCUUGGCUUUGUAGCAAGGACCCUACGAAUCAGUUAACGGUGCAACAGCUGGUCGAAGUUGCCUCUGUCCAUAGUUUUACCCUUGAAAUAUUCGGCUCGCAAGCUGAGCAAGUUGAAAAAGUUCUUGUCCCCAGAGGAUUAUGCAUAGAGGACGGACUAAUUUAUGGAUAUUUACUUGGAGCGUAUGCUCCUUCCCAGGUACCUAUUAAGGGUGCUUCCAAUCUUGUUUGCCGUCGAACUGUGUUUAACCCGCGUUCUCAAGACUUUUUAGCGGUCUCAAGGAACGAUUCCAAUUUGAUCAUUGUUGAAUAUUCAAGAUUUAUCACUCCAAAGUUUAGUGUUCAGUAUUAUAGUAUUUAUGAAAGCUUGGAUGAAGUUUUUCGAUGGGACAACUUAUUGUAUUCAUCAGAAUUGUUUGUAGAACACUGUUGCCCGCAUGAAAAGUUUAGUUCUGAAACUUGUACUUGUGCUACUGUAGAUGUUGAUUUCAAUUCAAUUCUCGAAAACUUCGGUAGACCUAUCUCCGAAAUUUUUUCGAAUGCAGUCUUGCCCGUUCCUCCAAAUGAAGCUGUUUACAAUUCUUCCGAGUUAUGGAACAGUGUGAUAGGAUUUGGAAGACUUAAUAACACAUGGACAACAGACUCCUUCAACGAUUCAAGAUUUUUUAGGACCUCGUUAUCAUCGACGAUGACGAACGUUUUAUAUUGUCGUUUCAAAGUUGUUACAAUGAAGAAACCUGAGGCUGACGAAGUUAUUUCAGAAGCUCUCAAUGCAAUCUUCCAAAGGCAGUCUCAAGCAGCUAUCAAUCGUAAUAACCGUAAACUGAAAAUGGAUUUUAAACGAAGAGCGGGUCGUCAGAAGGGCCACAUUGCACAGAGUUCUGCAAUAUAUUCGCUACCUAUCAGACACGAAGCACACCAUUCCUUGAAGGAUGAUGACAAUUUGUUUCAACACUAUCGAGAUGGACAGAGAGACUUCUCGACGCUUUGUACCUUCGUUACUGACCGUAUUUCAGACAGCGAAUUGCAUUUUUCAAGCUCAUCUGGUAUAAGCCAUCCACAUGAUGAUAGCGAACAAAUUUUAUCGGAUCUUCCUCCUCUUCCUUUAUGUUCUCCUGUAGAAGACCAUAAUUCAAAGCGUAGAUAUUACGAUACCUUAAGGACGAAUGGCAUAUAUGAAGAUGGAGAAGGCAAAGUAGAGUCCAACUUUUCAGAUGAGAUUAAAGCAUCUUUACGGAACGGUUACGUCUCGACCGAUCCUGAUUGCCCUCAAAAACAAUAUCUUGAUAUUGAUAAGAAGGAACUUUCGAAAAAGGAACGAAAUCGAAGGAAUGUUCGUAACUUUUAUAGGAGACGGAAGGCUUAUUUAGAACAGUUAGAGAAGAACAACGAAAUCUUGAAGACAGAGUGUUUGCAAAUGAGGCAGCAGUUGGCUCUCUUAUUUGAAGAAGUGAAACUACUGAAAAGUAGCUACGGACAGCACUCCCGGUCGACCAUGGAUCUGUAGAACACAUUUGGUUGCGUUUUGUUUCCUGAAAGGAACUUCGUUAGUUUUCCUCAGAGAGAAUAGUAUUGUAGGUUAGCGUUUGAGUGCUGGUGAUGCUUGUGGUGAGGUAGUUACUGCCAUAAGGUGCAAGCAUGCUUUGAAUUUUUGAACCUUCAAGAUCUGCCAUGAAUUGAAAACUGUUAUUUCCUGGGAUUUAAAGACUCUUGUUGGAUUUCUUAUUUCUUCUCAGGACAUGAUUACUUCGAGUGGCUAGGGUAUUCACUUCUUGCUGAGGUUCGAUACUUAUUUGUCCGUGA